AUGCCGAUCCCACCCUCCAAUAACUUAGCUCGUCAAGCCUCCCAGGGGAGGGCACUUGGAGUGAAAUUCGUGCAGGAGGUCUCGAUCGCAGAAAUCGCCCAGGCAGCCGGCUAUGACAGCCUUUUCAUCGACCUCGAGCAUUCGUCGUUUUCUCUCGACCGGACGGCCGAUAUUUGCUUGGCGGCAAAUCUGGCAGGGGUAUCACCUUUUGUUCGGGUUCCGCAUGAAUGCGGAAACGGAUUUGUUCAACGGGUCCUAGAUGGAGACGCGAAGGGUAUCGUCGUUCCUCAUGUGCGCAAUGCGGAGGACGUACACAGAGCAGUGGAGAUGGUCAAGUAUCCACCAACAGGAAUUCGAUCCAUCAACCCCUCUUUACUGAUGAAGAAUGGGCGUAGCGUGGAUAACAGCGAAGCGAGGGGGAUACUCGCGGAACAGGACGCCGUAUCAUUUGUCAUGAUUGAGACGUUGGAAGCACUCGAUAACCUCGAUGAAAUCGCUGCGGUUCCAGGGCUGGAUGUGAUGCUCAUUGGUUCAAUGGAUAUCACAAUGGAGCUUGGAAUCCUUGCUGCAUGGGACCAUCCAUCGUAUCAAAGCGCCCUGCUGGAGGUUUCCCAAGCUGCCAGUCGUCAUGGAAAGUUGUGGGGUAUCUCAGGCUUGUUCAGUCGGCCGGAUAUCUGGACCCACGCCAUGCAGAAUCUAGGCGCACGGUUCAUUGUCGGUGCAUUAGAUCGAGGGCUGUUAUCACGGGCAGCCACGGCGAAUGUGACUGCACUGCAAUCAGCAAUGCUAGAGGGGGUUAAGCAGAGCUGUGGAUGA